AUGUCGUCCCAGGCUGAUACCGUGCAAAGCAAUGGGCUGGAAGCUCAUGGCCACCUUGACGAUGGACGGGUUCAUCAGUGGAGAGGACCGUCCAAGAGAGGCGCCUUUCGCGCCAUGGUGCAGGAUUUCAGUCCCUUGUGGUUCACAUGGUGCAUGAAUGCAGGAAUUAUCGCUAUAUUGAUGCAUCAGGAACCCUAUCAAUUCUGGGGACUCGGCGUACUCUCGACCAUUGCAUUCCUGGCUGAUUUUGUUUUCUUCAUCUUCUUUUCAAUUAUUAUGUUGUUACGACUGAUCUUGUUUCGACGACAAGCAUAUCACGAAUUGGUUGGUGAUACAUCCGAGCUAACACUACUCGCGUGUUGGCCGGUUGCAUGGCUGACUCUUACGGCGUUUGUCGCUCUCAAUGUCAGCGGAUCGAGCUGGGGAGGCCACCAUUUUACUAUUGUUGCAUAUGUCAUGUGGUGGAUAGGGGCAGCAUGGAUGCUUGCAACACUCUUAUUCGUCUUCAUUGCAUUGAUCCGGCGCAGGACUCUGGCGGAGCAACCACUUCCACCCACGAUACUCAUUCCUACUGUGGGUCUCACUACCGUCGCCACUAUCGGGGGCGUGGUCUCAACCUAUUCAACCGCAAUAUCCGCAAGAAUGGCAGUGCCGGUGAUAAUCACGUCCUUCUGUUUCGUCGGGCUUGGACUGUUCAUGGCACUCAUUUUCUACGCCCAGAUCCUGCAGCAACUACUCCAUAAAGGCUGGCCGCAACCCGAACAGACCGCAACCCUUUUUGUUCUGGUGGGUCCCAUGGGACAAGGUUCGGCGGCAUUGCAGCUUCUCGGCUCGGCCGCAAGCACGUACGGGAGAUUUGCCGGCUAUAACAAGGGCAGUUUUCUCACAGAGGCAGCAGGACCACCCCUUGAAAUGGCUUGCGUGUUGAUUGCCUUACUAUUGACCGGAAUCUCGGUCAUUGGGCUUGUUUUGGCAUUAUAUGCCAUGUUCGAACGGGCAUUCAACAAGGAACUGACUUGGGCUCCCACAUGGAAUAGCAUCAUAUUCCCGACCGGUACCCUGGCGACAUCCUUUUUGUAUUUCAGCAUGGAAAUGGACUCACCAUUCUUCCGGACCAUGAUGACUAUCCUUCUUUUGUUUAUGAUUUCAGUGUUCUUCCUAAAUCUGGCUUUCACAGCAUGGAAGAUUUCACAAGGCCAGAUUUUGGUGGUAAGAGAAGACCCUCGCAUGAAGCAAGAUGGAGAUGAUCAAAAGCAGCGAUAG